CAACCCAAUUAAUUGACCCUAAACACAAACCCAAGACCCAACCCCCCCUGAAAAGUAAAUCGAAAACAGAUGGUUAGGGCGAUUCGGCGUCGGAUGGAAACCCAAACAGAGAAGUGCAAGAAAAACGUGGCUCACCAGAUCGGAGCCCUCGUCGGGGCUCCAAUCCGAGCCGAGGUCGCCGUGUCAUCGGGCGAUUCAACGCUUGCAGCGGUGGUGUGGCAAUCUCCGGCGCCAAUCAAUUGCAAGAUCCAGAAGGAAGACGGAGGAGCGGAGCAGAGGUCGCAACCGGCCAGCCCCUGCAAAUCCCCCAUCAUCGGCGGCGGCGCGAGGCCAGAUCUGUCCGUCGCGUGCCUCGCCUUCGCGGCGGAGAGCGACGAGCUGUUGGUGCACGAGGAAGGAGGCAGGAGCAAGAAGGGCGGGAAGGGGGUUCCGGUGUUCGUGAUGAUGCCGCUGGACAGAGUGACGACGAAGAACACGAUGAAUUGGAGGAAGGCGAUGAAUGUUAGCCUACAGGCUCUGAAGAGCGCCGACAUGGAAGGGAUUAUGAUGGACGUGUGGUGGGGUUUGGUGGAGAGAGAUGCUCCCGGGAUUUACAAUUGGGGAGGUUACUCCGACCUUCUGGAGAUGGCCCAGCGCCAUGGCCUUAAGGUCCAGGCCAUCAUGUCGUUUCAUCAGUGCGGUGGCAACGUCGGUGAUUCCUGCGAGUAAGUUCGUCUCUGUCAAUAUUUCUUUUUGGGGUUUAAUUGGUGAUGGGCAAUGGCUAACUCGGGCUGUUCAUCACUUCAUCGCAACAUUCCUUUGCCCAAUUGGGUUGUAAAUCGAAAACAGAUGGUUAGGGCGAUUCGGGAGGGGGAAGGGAUUCAGGGCGGCGGGGUGGCGGCCUCCAUCCCUUCGACGGCGAUUUUCGAAGGUGUGCGAUGGAGAGAGGCAGCGCGGGAGGAUGAGAGGACGAAGAUGGAGGAAGGGAAAUGCCCUAACCAUCUGUUUUCGAUUUACUUUUUAGGGGUUUCGGGUUUGGGUUUAGGGUCAAUUAAAUGGGUUGGUUCGCGGGUUGGGCAAGAAUGGCUGACAGGGCGGGUAAGGCUGAGCUGGCGGGUCCGGUCGUCGUUUUUUAAUGUUAAAAUAUGCUGACUGUGUCUUUCUGUUAGCCACGUCAUCACUUAACGUUCGUCACUAACGGAGUCUAACGGAGGUUAACGGAGAGUGACCAAACUUGGACUGUUCAACUAAUUCGAGUGACUAUAAAUGGAAUAAAUCAAUUUGAGUGGCAAACGUGAAAUUUUUAAGCAAUUCGAGUAAUCAAACUUGCAAUUAAGCCAUAGAUAAAAUUAUAUGUAAAUUGUGUACAGAUUUUAGAACUUGAAAAAUCGGUAAAACUUUAGUCAGUCCCAAUCACGACAAUUAAAGUCAUCCCUCAUUCAAAUCUCUUAUUCCACCGCUGACAAUAACAUACAUUUACAUGCUUGUACCUUAACUAUUUAUUCAUGUUAUGUUCUCACCAAUACAAGCCAUCAUUCCACGUCGUUAUAAGUCGUUAUAAGUGGUCUUAUCCGAGUUCAUAAAAAGCACUACUCGCAGUGGUCUAAUUUGUAAUCUAUGUUUAUGCUCCCAUCAUUUAUGUAAAGUUGAGUAGGUUUAUCGAAGUUUCUUCGCUUGGCAUGAAAAAAAUGUUGGGCACUAGAGAAUACAUUUGCAGUGUAUGGUCCAAUAAUUGUUCAAAUUAUAGCACGAUUUGCACCAACAUGUUUGAGUACUAUACAGCAGUUUCAUCAGCUUACUUACAAAGAUUGAAGAGGUAUAUAUUGCACAUCUACAUGAAGGAAACACAAUUUUGGCUGCCUUGCAGGUGUAUGGCGGAGGAUAUAGCAUGUUUUUUUGGGUUCACUUCAUGUCUACACUACAUGUCAAAAGAGAAAUACGACAUUGGUGGAAGAAAGAAGAUGCAAGUGAUUUUUAAGUUUGCUUUCCAUUUUAGUUUAUUAGAUAAAGUGGUUAGGGGGCUUUUCGAAAAAAGUGUGAGCUAUUUAAUUUGACAUAUUAAAUCGCACUACGCACUUAGCACGUUUGCGUGACGCGUUCGGAAUUGAAAUUAUUGACUAUUUAAUUAAUUUCUGGAAUUAAUGUUUAUUAAUUGGUUUUGGAUAAUUAAUUGAGUUUGAGUUUUGCGAAAAUACAAACACAGAAGUCAGAAAGGUGCUGCUUUCGGAUUUUGGUUGAAGGGACUCCUGGAAGUGAUUUGCCUAAUUCCUACCAACAACAACAUAAUGGAGUCAAAUAACACUCUAAAGAGAGUGACUAACCACGCCAUCAAUCCAUUUUUCUCCAUUCCUUUUCCCUCACACUACAUAGUGCUAAUUAAUCACAUGCUCAACUCACUGGACCUUAUAUGGCAAAGUGGACCCGAACUUUGAUAAAUACUGAAGAGUCUGUCGCCCCUCAUAAAUUAGAGCGUAUCUG